GGGAGGAGGAGCCUCUUCUAAAAUCAAGAGGAGUCAGGGUGGGGCCUCCCCAAAGGCAGCUCCUGGAGGCUCCUGGGACCACAGCUGAGACACAGGGGGGCUGGAGGGAAGUGAGAGGAGAACUCAGCCUGGGCCCAGCUGAGCAAGACCCUCUGCCACCCACUCCCCUGGACCACUGGCAGCCAUGGCUGUGGCUCAGCAGCUGCGGGCUGAGAGCGACUUUGACCAGCUUCCCGACGACGUUGCCAUCUCAGCCAACAUCGCCGACAUCGAGGAGAAGAGAGGCUUCACCAGCUACUUUGUUUUUGUCAUCGAGGUGAAGACGAAAGGGGGAGCCAAGUAUCUCAUCUACCGCCGCUACCGCCAGUUCUACGCCUUGCAGAGCAAGCUGGAGGAGCGCUUCGGGCCAGAGAACAAGACCAGCCCCUUCACUUGCGUCUUGCCCACGCUCCCAGCCAAAGUCUACGUGGGUGUGAAACAGGAGAUCGCUGAGGCGCGGAUACCUGCCCUCAACGCCUACAUGAAGCACCUCCUCAGCCUGCCCAUCUGGGUGCUGAUGGACGAGGAUGUCCGGAUCUUCUUCUACCAGUCACCCUACGACUCAGAGCAGGUGCCCCAGGCUCUCCGCCGGCUCCGCCCACGCACCCGGAAAGUAAAGACCGAGUCCCCACAAGGUGCCGGCUUUGACCGCAUGGCAGCUCCACGAGCGGAGGCCCUGUUUGACUUUACCGGGAACAGCAAACUAGAGCUGAAUUUCAAAGUUGGAGAUGUGAUCUUCCUUCGCAGUCGGAUCAAUAAAGACUGGCUGGAGGGCACUGUCCGGGGAACUACAGGCAUCUUCCCAGAGUCCUUCGUGAAAAUCCUCAAGGACUUCCCGGAGGAGGAAGAUCUCACCAACUGGCUGCGAUGCUACUACUAUGAGGACACCAUCAGCACCAUCAAGGACAUCGCGGUGGAGGAAGACCUCAGUAGCACCCCACAUUACAAGGAUUUGCUGGAGCUCAUGAGGCGGGAGUUCCAGAGGCAAGACAUCGCCCUCAAUUACCAGGAUGCUGACGGGGAUCUGGUUCGGCUGCUGUCAGACGAGGAUGUGCGGCUCAUGGUGAGGCAGGCCCAAGGUCUCCCCUCCCAGAAGCGCCUCUUCCCCUGGAAGCUGCACAUCACCCAAAAGGACGACUACAAGGUCUACAACACGGUCCCCUGAGCUGACCGUGUCCCCGGGCCAGUGCGGGGGCAAAGAGCCCUUGGAGGGGAUUCAGACCAGGAAAGACUGGGAGCGCGGACAGACUUCCUGGUUUGGACUCAGACGGACCUGCUGGCCUCGGCUUGUACUGUCUCCACAUUUGGUCUCUUGAUUAAAUAAACCAUUUUAUGUCAAAGGGCCA